AUGGAUGUGGACGAUUUAUUUGGUGCCUUCGAUGGCGCAGAGAAAGUUAACGACGUACGUGAAGCCGUGGAACCGUCCGGGAAACGCAAAGCGGUUGAUGGGGGUGGAGGGAGCAAACGCCAAGCUUUGGCUCAAGAGGAGAGGGCCAAACGCGACUCGGAUCCGGCUGCGUCGGCAGUGGUUGAGGGAAGUGUUGCGCUGAAGGAGGGCGAAGAAUCUUCGACCGUGCGCGAAGAUGGUACUCUGGUGAAGUCGUAUUCGGUGUACCCCGCCGACUGGAAGCCGGACACGACCUACAGACCAGCCCCGAAACCUGCCAAGGAGUACCCGUUCACCCUCGACCCUUUCCAGAAGCAGGCCAUUGAGUACAUCGAGCGCAAUGAAUCGGUACUAGUGUCGGCUCACACGUCGGCCGGCAAGACGGUGAACGCUGAGUACGCGAUAGCCAAGUGCCUGCGAGACAAGCAGAGGGUUAUCUACACUAGUCCUAUCAAGGCCCUGUCCAACCAGAAGUUCCGAGACCUACAGGAGGAGUUUGGCGACGUUGGGUUGAUGACGGGCGAUAUCACCAUCAACCCUAGCGCCACUUGCCUCAUCAUGACCACGGAAAUCUUACGGUCUAUGCUCUACCGAGGGAGCGAGGUGAUGCGUGAGGUGGCUUGGGUCAUCUACGACGAGAUUCACUACAUGAGAGACAAGAACCGGGGCGUUGUAUGGGAAGAAAGCAUCAUACUGCUGCCGCACAAGGUGCGCUUCGUCUUCCUUUCCGCGACCAUACCCAAUUCGAAGGAGUUUUGCGGAUGGAUCGCGAAGACACACCACCAGCCAUGCCAUGUGGUGUACACCGAUUACAGGCCUGUGCCUCUUGAGCAUUACAUUUUCCCUUUCGGUGGAGAAGGACUGCACUUGGUGGUGGACAACAAGGGGCGCUUCAGGGAGAACAACUUUCAGAAAGCAAUGGCGAAGCUUCAAGCAACUCCGGAAGAGCAGGCAGUCGCGGAAGGGAAGAAAACCUUUGGGGCCAAGAAACAGGCGAAAAAACAGGGGGAAGGAAGCGAUUUGUACAAGAUCGUAAGGCUGGUAAUGGAUCGCAGCCUGGAUCCGGCGAUCGUCUUCAGCUUUGCCAAAAAGGAGUGCGAGGGAAACGCGCUCCAGAUGUCCAAGCUCGACUUUAACGACGACAGCGAGAAACUUCUCGUGGAGCAAGUGUUUGGAAACGCGAUGGAGUCCCUGGCAGAUGAAGACCGACAACUCCCUCAGGUCGAGGCCAUCCUGCCUUUGCUCAAACGAGGGGUGGGCAUUCACCAUGGUGGCCUCCUGCCCAUCUUGAAGGAGGUCAUCGAAAUACUUUUCCAGGAGGGCCUCAUCAAGAUCCUUUUCGCGACCGAAACUUUUUCCAUUGGUCUCAACAUGCCUGCCCGGACAGUGGUGUUCACCAACACUAGGAAGUUCGAUGGACAAGAUUUCAGGUGGAUCACCUCAGGAGAGUACAUCCAGAUGAGCGGUCGGGCAGGAAGGCGAGGAAAGGACGACAGAGGAAUUGUUAUCCAAAUGCUGGACGAAAAGAUGGACCCCCAGGUGGCAAAGGGAAUGCUCUACGGGGAGGCAGAUGCCUUGAACAGCUCCUACCACAUCAGCUACAACAUGCUGUUGAACAUGCUGCGAGUUGAAGACGCUGAUCCCGAUUUCUUGGUGAAGAGCUCGUUUAACCAAUUCCAACAGGAGGCAUCGGCGCCAGCCUUGGAGGAGGAGGCAAGCGAUUUGGACAGCGAGAAGAAAGUGCUCGCAGCUGGGCUAAAUGACGAAGAACGUACGUCAGAGUACUUCCUCGUACGUCAGCAGCUCGAGCGGACUCGGGCGGAAGUGUGCCGCGUGAUCCAACGCCCAGAGAACUGUCUCCCCUAUAUACAGGCAGGACGGUUAGUUCGCAUGAGAGGAUGGCCUGCUAGGCAUGGAGACCAAGACAAAAAGCCAGACGGGAGAGAGGCAAACGGGCACCAGGCGGAGCUCUCAUUUGAUAACCAGCCGGACUGGGGAUGGGGAGCCACUGUGGACUUGAACAAGAAGGCCUCCAGCAAGGCCGGCGAUCCGGCCAAGUAUGAAGUUGGGGUGCUGGUGAAGUGCAAGCCGGAAGAGAGCGCGCGUAGAGGAGGGCAACAUAUCUAUCCUCCUACUCCCAUGGAGGACGGCGAGAUGCGAGUCGUGCACUUCACUCUUGACUCCAUAGCGGACCUGAGCUCGAUUAGGCUGAUGAUGCCGAAUGACCUGCGAGCGGCGGAGGCGCGGGCAGCAGUGGCGGAGAACAUGAAGGAAGCGUUUCGCAGGAUACAAGACUCCUCCCUGGAGAAACUGCUGGCACGAGAGACACAGCUGCAGCUUCGCCUGGAAGGCUUGCCGUUUCACAGCGACAAAGAUCGAGAGGAGCAGCUGCAGAGGUACACUGCGGUGCAGCACCUCGCUGACAAGGCCAAGCUUCUUCGGAAGGAGGCGAAAGGUGUGCAACACAUGGUGAUGAAAGACGAGAUGCGGCGGAGGAAGCGAGUGCUCCGUCGACUUGGCCACUGCGAUUCGGACGGUGUUAUCCAGCUGAAGGGACGCGUCGCCUGCGAAAUUAACACGUGCGACGAACUGGUGGUAACCGAACUUAUCUUCAGUGGAGCAUUCACCGAGCUAUCUCCUGAACAGAGUGCUGCUCUCCUCAGUUGCAUGGUCCACCAGGCCAAGACUGACGAGACUGCACCAUCACUGCCGGCAGAACUACAGGGUCCCUUCAGGCAACUUCAGGACGCGGCUAGGCACAUAGCAGGCGUGUCCGAAGAAGCAAAGAUCACCAUCGAGACUGAGGAAUACGUCAACUCGUUCACGGCUUCAAUGAUGGAGGCGACAUUCGCGUGGAGUAACGGUGCAAGUUUCAGUGAGGUGAUCGAGCGGGCAGAUGAUUUUGAGGGCUCAAUCAUUCGGGUGUUCAGGCGCCUCGAAGAACUACUUCGACAACUGUCACAGGCGUCCGCAGCGAUUGGCAACAUGGAGCUCAAGACCAAGUUUGAGCAAGCGGCCAACAAAAUCCGGAGAGGGAUCGUGUUUGCAGCUUCACUCUACCUUUGAACCUGCUGAACCUGCAGAAGCAGCUACACACCCAACAAUUGUUGUAGGCACGUAGCCCAGUUACAGCCAUCAGGAUUGAGCAACCGUGGUGUGCAUAGAGUUCGCCGGCGGAUAGGGGUUUUGCCCCUACGCCAACAAGAAAGGCCCAAAUGAGUGUGAUUACUUCGUUCGGAGGCGACGGUCAUGGUUUCGUAACACAAAGUGAUUGAAUCCUACUCAAAAUUUGCCAAGGGACUGCAGAGAUAGCCCCAUUUGGCUCAGAUGGAUAAUAUCCUAGCCAAAGUCCCUGCUCAUUUGCAAGCACAAGCACGUUGGCAAACAGCAGGCAGGCAUCUGCUGGUGUCCGAACUGCCAUCACCGGACGUUCAUGUGCACGGCUGGUGAUACACACCCUUGUACACCGCAUGGUACAAGAUUUCCAAACUCGACGAACUAACCUCAGAGGGGGUCGUUUCACCUAUAACCCCCCCCCUCGAUUCUUGAAACAGGCCGACGAUAACACGUUCCUAUUCGUUCGAGGGGGUCAAAUCGUCUACACCGCCCAACCCCACCCCCUCCCCCACCAUGCAACGGUGCGCCAAUGUGAAGAGCGAUUUGACUCGGACAUCUGCUACCUUUUCCCUCUUA